CGUUACUCUUCUCAUCUGGGCAGGAUGCACAACAGUGGAUGGUCUAGUAGAUGAGCAGUUAGCUGUGCAACCCACCGAAAUGAUGGGGUAUCACUCAAUAGAGAUGAUCAAUGCUAGUAAGUUUACAACUUUUUUCUAUUACACGUUAUUAUUGACCAUUAACUACACGUCUGUGUGUCCCUAACAAAUCAAAUCUGCAAAUGGGUAGGUACUGACUUUAAUUGAGCAGAAAUACAUUAAUCCUGUUUACAGUUUAUAUGCAUAUCUUACAGUUUCAAAUAAUGAUUAUAUAUUUUUGUCCACUGGGGGAUUGUUUUGGAUCGGUUCCUGACACUCAUUUGCUUGGCCUGGAACUGAAAAACUCAGAAAGCAGAGCUCAGAGAUCCUUUUUUCUGCCAAGAUCUCCUUGUGUGUAUUAUCUUGAGAAUCCAAGACAAACUCACGGGGAGGUCUCUACCAGUGAGGGGUCAACAGCAGUAGACAAAAGGUCCAUAAUGGUUUGGGGUUAAAGGUUAACUAAAACCUCAUUAUGAACAGCCCCCACCUGGCUCAACUUCCUGAAAUUGUUCGUCAUUCACCCCAUGCAACGUCUGUGUUCAACGCAUGAACUCAGAGUUGUGAAACAACUGGAACUUUGGAGCGGCGCCCCUUUCACUGUUCCUCAUCCUGUGCCUUCCUUUUUUUUUUCUUUCCUCUGACUGUCCCCCCUCCUUCCCCUGCCAACUCCCCCGAAUUCUGAGCUCCUCCCCUGCUGAAAAGACACAUUUCCUGAUGUCAUUACUAAAUCAAAAUGCUGCUCGGCAAACAGAUGUUGUGGGAGGCCCAAGAUGUGGAUCAGUGACAUAAAUUAACAAGUUGGUCGUGAGAAAACAUGCACCAUUUUCCAUUCAAUCAAUGAAACAAUUUCUCUCACUGUGCUCUUUAAAGUGGUGAGUGGUGACAGUGAGAAACUAUCUUACAGACGUAGCAUGCUAAUAAGCUCCUCGUGCCAUAAAAGAACAAAACUUUCCCACACUUUUGUUGGAAGUAUCAUUGGUUUUCUUUACUGGCAUGUGUGUGUGUAAAGAUAGUUGCACUUUUAAACAGCUGGUCAGCUCUGACUACCAACUUUUUCCAGGUUUGGUCAAAUUAACCUAGAUAUGAAAUCAUGGCUGUCUGCAGAGCACACCCUGCAGAGUCAUGAUUACAUCCACCCCAAAACGCUAAGCCCUAAAUGUUUACUUAUGUUUCCUAUUUGGCAGAGGCAGCCCAAAAGGCAAAUAAAUCACAUGCUGUGAGCUGGCCAGGCCUUCGACUGUGAGAAACUGAGACUAAAAAGCAGAACAAGAGUUAAAGAGUAAGGGUUUUCAGAUGUGAGUCCAGCCCAGCUUGGGUGUGCUCGCUUUUAUUUGGGAGAAUGGAGAGGACAAUCUUUGUUGCCUCCACCCCUUUAAAAAAGGAAGAAAAUCCUAAAGAAACGUGUGUUGGAGAGGGGAAGAGUUGCUGCCAAGGCGCGGGGCCGUCAGACAGAUCUUCGAAGAACAUCUGGUAACCGCGGGUAACACUGUUUGGACAUCUGGUAACCGAAGGUUACACUGCGUCUCUUCCAUCCUGUCGGGUUUCCUGUUAUGCCUCGCUGUACACAGUUUAAGAGGCUUAGGUUUAUUAUACAUGGUCAUCAGUUGGAGAAAACGCACCUUUAUUCAUUUUUUCUGACAUGAAGGGAGCACUUGGUUUCAUUGGGGUAUUCUUCUCCUUUCUCUCCGACACCACUUACGGAGAAGAUACCUUGCCAUUUGCCUGUGGGAAUAAAUCGCACCUCUGUAAGGAUAUUUGCGACCUCUGUCAUGUAAUGUCUGGUGGUCCAACCAUGGAUUGCCUUUCAGGCCUGUUUAGCAUGUUAUGUCUCAAACAGUUUGAGAGUUCAAUGGCGUCACUGAACAGCACCGAGUGGUGCGUUUGGGGUAAUGUGAGAAGUGUGUAUAGUAACUUAAGCCGUUGCACAGAGGAUACGUCUGACUGUCUCUUUAUCCCAUGGCCCAACCCUCUGGUGGAAGAGACCUUUGUGGACAUUCACUCCAGGUUUUUCAAGGAUUGUCCUACAGAGGAGCUAAGUGACCCACCGCCAGUCAUUGUCUUUGCCCUGGUGAUAACACCCAUCUGCCUGAUCCCCGUCAUGGUUAGCCUUGUGGUGCUCAAGACUAAGAAUGGGGAUGGCAGCUCCUGAUAAUCUUAAAUCUCUGCUCCGCUCACAGUCACCAAGAAUAUGAGGACUGCUUGUCUACACAUAGAACACUGCUGCGCUUUCAUCUCACCAGUGACCUUGGAGAUGGGCGACUCUUUCCGACAAGUUUACUGGCGCCUCACAACUCAGAGGAAUUCUAAAAAGUUAGCAAUGGAGAAAGCCUAUCAAUAGACGAUUCUGAUUCAGAGUUAAUAUCAUAUUCUGUGGCAUCACAAUUAUUAUGGCCGUUCAGUGACAAACUCCCUGGUGUUAACAGAGACUCACUGUGGCAAAAUCUAUGUCAUUAUAAAUUCAUGUACUGUACUAUGUCUCAUUAACACUUUUUUGACGAAGAAGCUAUGACAAAUUAUUUGUUUUCGACCACCUGACUGGAAAUCUGAACAUUGAUGGUAUUAGUUACGGCCAAACUGGAUGCGCAUGUCCGGAAAGCAGCUUAAUUUAUAAUGGAGAACCCAAUAUUCAGGUUUAUGAUGACAAAAGCUCUAGAGCUUGCAAAAGUGAAAGCAAAAUAUAUUUGUGUUGACACUCCUCAUUAUGUUGGACACAAGUUGUGUUGGUAAAAGACAAGGUAUUUUUUAUUACUGAACUCCUGAUCUCCUUCUAUGCAAUUUAUUUUGUUUUUGUUCUUUGCUGCUGCUCAGACUUAACUCUGCUUUGAGCCACUAAUUAGACAAUGUAUAGUCUCUUCAAUUCAAAUCUGAACUGACUACAGGUAUGUGUUCCUAUUUGCUAUGUGAAAAGGGUCUCCUAUUCAUACACAGGGAGGACAGCAAAAUGAGUAUAGUCUGAAGCUUGGAUGUGGUUAUGUGAGUCAAAGCAUAUGGAAGGUUUGGGGUCAGAGGUUACAGAUGGGACACAAUGUAUGGGUACGCCCAGAAACGAUGAUCUUUUUCCUCGCAUUGUCUAUUUUUGAACAGUAAGAAACCCUCGAGCACUUCCCCCUUUCCAAACAGUGACAAUCUUCAUGAUCAUAUAAUGAUGAGCUUAUUGAGGCAAAGUUUAUCUUGCAUCUCAUUGUAGUUUAGACAAAAGACAUUUAGUUUGUCUGUGCAGCACAGUGAUAAACACUGAGUAAUGACAAAAAGAUAAAUAUGUUAUCUUUUGCCGAAAUCUUGAUAAUGUGGGUAUGUAUUGUCAUGACGAUAAAGCCAUUGUAAGUGCUUUCAGAUUUUGAACAAAAUGUGUAUUUAUAUACUGUUAUUUUUCUGCCAUUGUAACGACUGACUGUACUGUCUGAGAGAAUGCAUUGUGCCUGCUCCCAAGACAUGUUCUAUAUGCAUUUUGAUUUACUUUUUAAAAAUAUAUAUAUUUUAUACAAUUAAAUUUACAGUUGGA